AUGCGCGAGUCGCGCACCACCUCGGCGACCGCCCUAGCGCGCGCGUCCAAACGUCGACGCGUACAGCGUUGCAGCGAACAAGUCGCACCUCGGCGUUCGACAACAUGUUCGGUACCUUUGAACAGCAGCAGUACCACUCAAGAUGCGUGCACACCAUCCACGUCGUGUUCAGCUGCUCCUAGCGGAUGCUCGCGACCGGCACGUCUCGAACGCUUCCUCUCAUGGUGUCGAACCGAGGCAAUAUACAUCCACCCCGCUUUGGACGUGCGCUAUAUGGGCGAUGCCACCUCGUGGAACAUCUCGAUCCACGCUCGAUCGCACAUCGACUACGAUAGCGUCGUCGUCACGAUCCCAAAGACCGCAGUGCUCUCUCGCAAGACGUCAGCACUCUCGUCCGUCUUACAAGGCAAGUGGCUCAGCGAUUCACACGAAACUGUCGGCCUCGAACUGGCACUCUGUCUGCUGUACGAGCGAUGUCUUGGGGCAGCGUCGCGCUUCGAGCCUUUCCUCUCGAUCCUUCCGCGCGUACGUAUCCCCCUGCCUUUCCUCCAAGAUGCCUCAGCACUCUCGAGCGCUUGCUCACCCUGGCGUUGGAUCUCCGGCACGGAAACAGCCCGAAUCAACCAGCGAGCAUCGUAUUGCUACCAGCUCUCCUCCUCCGAGCUUGGCUGGCCAUACGACCACGAUUACGGAAUGUGCAAGGCCAAGGCGCUUGACUACUUCCACUCGUUCGGCAUUCCGAUCCUGGCUCGCAGCAAGCUGUUUGAUGCGACACAGAGACAACAUCUUGACGCAUUGCAAUCCGCAUUCCUGACCGCCUACACGCACGUCUCUUCAAGAGACUUUAUCGUGGAUACGUACCAUGGGGUGGGCAUGGUCCCCGUCGCGGAUCUGUUCAACCAUGCCGAAGUGCAUACAGUUCAGUUUGAAUCGGAUCAGGACGUGUGUGAGUUUUGCGGCGUCGCGUUUUUGACGGCGCAUGACGACCACAUGUGCCGGCUGGGCGAGAAGAGCCAGGUGGACCAACAAGAAUCCCAGGACGACGACGACGAGCAAGAGGACAAUGCAUCCUCGGAUGACAGCAAUGGAGCAAGCGACUUUCGAGAAGAAGCGAACAAGCAGACCAGAGAGCAUGUAGACGAUGAUGACGACCAAGGAGGGCUCGAGUUGAGUGAGCAUAUGGACACGCUCGAUAUGCGUACGUUGGUCUCUCACUCGGCUGGGUGCGAGAUGUACAACACGUACGGCACGCUCACCAAUGCGCUUCUGCUGACACGGUACGGGUUCUGCCUCGACACGGAAACCGACGUGGAGCGCUUCACGCUGGACGUGCGAUUUCCGUCGGAGCGACAGGCGUAUCUUGAGGCGUUUGUAGCACAGCGCGUUCCUGGACUCACUUCACUGCGCCAUGUCACGAGCAUGUUCGACGAGGUCGUAUCGCGGAUCGCUGAACAGUUCUCGCAACCAGAUCAAUCCACUGCGAUCGACGCGUUGCACCACCUCGAAUCCCUCCUCCCGCCUUCCACGCCCGACUGGAUCCAUUCCACCUUCUGCCCUCUCCACACUCUCUCUACCUCCACCUCGAACCUCAAUCCCGACCCCGACCCCGACCCCGACCCCGAUCUCGUCGACAGAGACCACAUCCACCCUCUGUUCCUCUCGUCGACCGGCCAAGCCAGCCUCCCCCUCUUCCUCCUCACCCUCCUCAUCCUUCUCCCCGCGCCGCCCCGCAACCAUGCGUUCAACUUGGCCCACUCGCACUUGCACCUCGAUUCCGUUCGCGUCCAGACGGCUCUGCACACGCUCCUCACAUUCGCCUCAUCGCGUCGCAAACGCCUCUACAUCUCAAAGCUCAUCGAACCAGCUCUCGUCACCCUCCAACUUGAGCAUGCAUACCUCGAAAAAGCCUGCAUCCAACACGCCUACCAGGAAUACGUCGCCACAAGCACAGCCAUCUCUAUUCUCCAAGACCUCACCAGCUCGCGCGAGAAUCCAUGA